AGGUGUUCAAUAAUCUGUGAAGCUGUUUUCUCUGGACAUCUCGCAGAAAACGAGCAUAAACUAGUGAGUGCUCCUUUGUAGAACAGGGGGCGUCUUUCUCAGCAGGAUCCAGUGACAGAGCCUGACUGACGAGCAGCCAUGAGCUUCUUUGGUUUUGGUCAAAGUGCGGACAUCGAUAUAGUUCUGAAUGACGCCGAAACGAGAAAGAAAGCUGAGCAUAAAAGCGAAGACGGCAGGAAGGACAAAUAUUUUCUCUUCUACGACGGGGAAACGGUGUCGGGGAAAGUCAACGUUACUCUCAAGUACCCGGGAAAGAGGCUGGAGCACAACGGCAUCAAGAUCGAGUUCAUCGGUCAGAUAGAGCUGUACUACGACAGAGGAAACCAUCAUGAGUUUGUGUCUCUUGUGAAAGACUUGGCUCGUCCAGGGGAGCUCACACAGUCACAGACGUUUGACUUUGAGUUCACACAUGUGGAGAAACCCUACGAGUCUUACACCGGUCAGAAUGUCAAACUACGCUACUUUCUGAGGGCGACAGUAAGUCGAAGACUGAGUGACAUCAGCAAAGAGCUGGACAUUGUGGUUCACACACUCAGCACCUACCCUGAGCUCAACUCCUCCAUCAAGAUGGAAGUGGGGAUCGAGGACUGUCUACACAUAGAGUUUGAGUACAAUAAAUCCAAGUAUCACCUAAAAGAUGUGAUUGUAGGGAAGAUUUACUUUCUGCUGGUGAGGAUUAAGAUCAAACAUAUGGAGAUUGACAUCAUCAAGCGGGAGACUACUGGCACAGGGCCAAAUGUCUACCACGAGAACGACACCAUAGCAAAGUAUGAAAUCAUGGAUGGUGCACCAGUCAGAGGAGAGUCCAUCCCCAUAAGGCUGUUUCUAGCAGGCUAUGAGAUGACACCCACCAUGAGGGACAUUAACAAGAAGUUCUCUGUGCGGUAUUACCUCAACCUGGUCCUCAUCGAUGAGGAGGAAAGGCGUUAUUUCAAACAGCAGGAGAUCACACUGUGGAGGAAAGGUGACAUAGUGAGGAAGAGCAUGUCUCACCAAGCAGCCAUUGCUUCCCAGCGCUUCGAAGGCUCCUCCAAUCCAGAGAGGUCCCAGACCCAGAGCAGUGAAGAAGACCUCAGCUAAAGCCCAGCACUGACUUCACCCUCGUGUAGUGAGUGUCUGAGCGAACACAGUGUAGAGACUGUCAGCCAAUUCUGAAUGUGAAUUUCAUUUGUUUGCAUCGAGAUAGAAUGUGCUGCAGUGUUUUUCAGGAUGAGUGAGUGAGAGAGAAGCUUUGAAGUGUGUGUGUGUGUGUGUGUGUGUGUGUGUGUGUGUGUGUGUGUGUGUGUGUGUGUGUGUGUGUGUGUGUGUGUGUGUGUGUGUCAAGGGAGCAAACAGUCAGACCAGGUUCAGGCUUUAGUUGCAAGUAAUUCUGCAUAUUUGUUUGUUUUAACUACCUUGAAGUACCAGCUGGGUGGAGUUUACCACAUUAAGACUGAUCUGACAGUGUCAGCAAUUUUCUCUGUCGCAAGGAAACUGCACAAAAUUGACUUAAGUGCAUGACUUUUUUGGGGGGCAACUUUUAUUAUACAGUUCAGUGUGGCAAACUUCACCUAUUAGAUGCACUUAAGUAUCAUUUGCAAAUAUUGUUUGACCAUUAUGAUGAAUUCAUGUGUGUGUGUGAAUGUACAGUAUGUGGCAGAGAGCCACCUCGGGUGUAUUUCUAACGUGACCUUUUCUUCAAACUACUUGCUUGGCUGGAAGACUGCGCUGUGCAGAUACUGUAGUCAUACAGUAGGUUUCUAAAAAAUGUGUAAACAACAGUAACCUGACAUUGAUUCAUUAUCAUUUCAUUUCGCUGCCAUGCCCUCCUUUCAUUAGUUUUUUAUUUAAAAAUGUCUUACCAUUUUUUUGGCUCUUCAUUUUAAAAAGCAAACAAUGGUUUAAAUAAUAAACACAAGAGCUCUAAAUGAAAGGAAAAACAUUUACAUAUUUGUACAAGACAGAGCUUCAGAUAUUUUCAUACAUUCCAAGGCUUUCAUCAGACAUAGGCAUGACUGUAGAUAAUUUAUUGUUGAAGAAGACUUCCAUCCAUUUUUAACCAGCUUUUUACAUGUUUGAUGCAUCAGCUGGUUGUGGCUUGGUGUCAGCUGUUGCCACUGCUGCUAAAACAAACGUGGCUUUUGUCAGCGCUGUGGGAUUUUACAUCCAUCAUUGUUCCAGUCUGAUAGUUUGAAGCCCUGCUUUCUUAUUUGCACUAUGAUCUCAUGCUUUUUUGCUCUCAGUGCUGUUAAUUAACUCAGUAGACUCAUGGCAGGUUUCAGGAGUAGAGUGAAAAGGAGACAAUACCCUGGCAUCACUUCAAAUCUAAUCCAGACAGUAUUACACCUGUGUUAAGUGACAAAGUCGGCAUAGAUGCUCGUGAGUCCUGCUGGGACAGAUCCGUUUGGUUAGUUAGCUUUGUGCCUAAGCAUUUAUUGCCAAAAUGUUUCUGUGCAGUCCUACAGAACAGUAGCCACAGUGUGCCGCGUAGCCCUUUCUUUCUUUUUAGACUGUGCUCAUCAGUUUUUUCCAUUACUGUCACUUUUCUCAAGGUAAAAAAAUGGGUUUGUUGUAAAGGUGGUAUCAAAAAUGUUAUUGUGAAAAAAAUGAAUUGUAUAAGAAAGGCUACUCAGUCAUAUUAGCUCUUAAUUAAAUUUCUGAAAUGGAAGUAUCCCAAACUCUGUAUAUUUCUAAGCAUAAUCAGGUUUUUGUUACAACUGGCCAACCAGAGUAGAGUUCCUGUGCCAUUACUUCUUUUUAUUUUGUUUCCUUUUCUGAAAUAUAUUUUCUCCAUCCUGAAAAGAGCACACUACCAAGUGUGAAGCACUGAAACUGAGCCCCAGCACUCGGCCUGUUGUCCUUACAUUGCCCUAGCCUGCAACUAUUUGCUUGACGAGCUCACGCUGUGCAACUUGGCACAAUCUAUCAGCGUUUAUCUUUAAGUUUUUUUUCUAUUUUGUAUUUUUCCUGGCAGUAAGCUUAGGUUUUAAUAUGCUGUUGUGCUCAAACAACAUGUCCACUUUGGCCAGACUGCUGUUUAAGUAACUGCUAAAAUAGAGGACACACUAGACAAUAGAGGAAGACACUUGUAUUUGGAUUCAUGUAGCCUGACUUCAGGGUUCAGAGGUUUCCCUCUUUAGAGAUUCUUCCAUCAAUGUUAUUGAUGGUGGUAGAAAUCACUGUCUUGUAAACUGAGAUGUCAUUUGUAUUAAGGGACUGUGUUAAAAUUGUUUGUGUGGGGAGAGGCGAUGAACCUUCAGUGUGUUUUGGACCCUCCCCUGCCAUAGCAGCAAUACUUUUCCCUUCUAAUUUCUCAACUCAGCCCUGAUUUCAAGCUCAGUAUGUUAGCGGGUCAAUCAUUUUUACAUACUUUAAAUCACAUAUAAGGAGUGGAAUUGGUAAAUGGUAAAUUUAUGGUAAACAUAACAAAUAGUUAAUUCUGUUAACAAACAUUCCAGCUACGACUCUAUUUUAGAGCCAAGAGCUACAAAAUGAACAGCUAUUACCACUGUCACUGACGCUCUGUGGCUACUAAAGGGCCUCAGCAUUGGAAUAUUUUCACUUCAUCUCUGGGUAGAACAGGUCGGGUUGUGAACAUGCAUGAUCUUAUAGGUUAACUCCAUACGAUACUGGACAUUUACCAUUUCUGUUGUUCUUUCGAGGUGCAGGAUAAAAUGAAAGUGACCAUUGGCCAGUGAAAAAAUGGCAUGCUCUUUGCUCGUGUUCAGACAGAAUGAGAAUUCAGUUUUUCACAUACAAGGAAUUGCUUUGGUAUUUUGGUACAUAACAAUAAACAUAGAGUAGUGGGAGAAAAAGAAAGAAUAUACAAGUACUCCAGAAGUCAGGAAUCACAAAUAAAACAGAUUUUUUUUAAAUGUACAAUGAAAAAUCUAAAGAUAUAUAUUUAAAAGAAUGAAACAUUUAUCUGCGUUUAAAAUGAUAAGAAAUGUGCAGUCGUGAAAUCGAGAGGAUGGGAUGUACAAAAUACAGACAGCACUGAGUAAAUUUUACAGGUGGUGCGAUUACAUGCAGGGCCUAUGGAAAGAUGUGGAUUUGCCUGGAGAGUCUGAAAUCGACGUAAGGCUCAGCGUCCAUACUGAAAUAUUUGCACAUAUUGUGGUUGCUUUAACACAUUUUUAGAGCAAUAAGGUCUCUUACUAACUAUAAAUAUACACAUCUACUAUUCUCAAAACUGAUACCAUGGACAGAAAAUAAAGACUUGAUACAGAGAAAUUAUUUGAGGCAAAACACCUUUUUGGUCCAUGGUGCACUCAAAAGGCAUAUUUUUGAUUUAAUUAAGUAACUGAUAAACUUCAUAAGAAACGAUUGCAUAAAAUAUAUAUCUGGAGUGUGGAAAAAUGAAACAUCCAUCCCUACCCCCCCCUUCUCUGACCCCACCUUCCCUCCUAAUAACUUUCUUGCAGUCCCUAAAUUGUAUAGAAUGUAUUCUGCAUUAUCUUUCUGCCUAACUCAGAAACACUUCACUGAAAUCUGUUGAGGGAAAAAAGUACCAUUCAAGGACCCAAAGCAACUCUGGACUGCAGACAGUAAAUGUUUUUUUUACUGUAGUUGUUCUGUUAUGUGGCUGUUUUUGUAUUUUUACAAACACAGCAGCCAUACUAACCCAGUUCAUAAUGGGAGUAAACUGAUUAAAAUAGGAAAGAAAUUGAUGAAAUGUACAAUGUAAAUGCAAUCCUCCUGCUCUCCUGUUUAUGUUCAUGUCAUAUUUUAUCUUCCUGUCUAUAAAUGUUGAUUUUAAUCAUUUUAUAUUCCUGUUUUACUUUGAAUUAAAAGGGAGUAACUGAAAGGCAUAUUUCGUAUGUGUUAAUUGCGUAACAUUGAUGUGUAAG